UGGCGCUGAUUUCACCCGCGCAUUCAAAGCAGUGAUUCAAAGCUCAGAUUCAAAGCUGCAGAGACUGACUUUUUAUCUGGUUUCACGUCGUUAUAAUGCCUCAGAUCUUUAAUGUGCUAAAAUGCUGCUCCUGUGGCAUGUUUCAAGUUCAGCAAAAGACAAAGGCUCGAAAAUGGAGCUGUAAAGUUUGCAGUGUUAAACAAAGCGUGAUAAAGAUAUAUGGGCAAGGAACAGGACCAGAGUGCAGGGAACAUGUUAAGACCUGUAAUACCGUUCAAGGCCAAAAAGAUGAAAUUGCACAUCAGUUGUUAUUAGCCAGUGAUUUUGACCCACAACAAACGGUUUUACAUUUUGACCAACCAACGGGCUCUGAUGAGAUAUCUAGUAAAUGGCCCCAAUUUAUUGAAGAGGAACAGACAAAGACUGAUAUCAUAGAUGCCGAAGAAGACUAUAUUUCUAGCUGGGAUCGCUGCAUCCCAAGUGAUGAUCCUGCUCAAAAAAGAAAGAAAUGUCGACAAAGAUCAUAUGAGGCUAUCAGCAACACUGGAAGCCAAGUUAAUGAUGUGAAAAAGAGAAAGUCCCAUGUAUAUAUUCCCUGUGAUGAGCAGCAAUCAAAUAAGCUUUCAGGAUCCAUACCUGAGUCACGAAUUGUCCCAACAUUUCAACCACGGGCAUCCUGCAAGGAUAACAUAUUGCCAAGCAGUAAUACCCGUGCCCUAGUAACAAAAGAAGAGAUACACUCAAGUGGCAGUAAAUGGGAGCAAUUUUAUCUGUGAAUAUUUUACUGAAAUUAAAAGGUUAUAAAACAUUCUUAAUUACUUUGAAGCCCACAUUAAUUGCUAAAUGCGUGCUACUAGUGGCUAGUGUAAUGACGAAUUAAAUAUACUUUUUAGGAUUAUAUUGUAACAGAUGGCAGGCAAUGUACGUAAAGAGGAAGACUAUUAUAAUGACCGUGAUAUCAUCUGUCCUUACUUCUCACUGUUAAUGUGUUGAAUUAUUUAUUAUGGUGGCCUUGUAUGGAUUUCUUUAUAAAUAACAUGUUUUUAUGCUUA